UAGAUACAAACCUAUAAAUGUCGCAUAAUUGAAAUGAAUAUUUAUUUAAUGUAGAAAUUGUUGUUUUUGAGUGCUUCACAUACAUAGUAAAACGUAUAUUCCAAGGAGAACUAUUCGAAAUUUACUCUCGAAUUAAAUAUACAUCAUAUAAAGCAAAUUUCAAACGAUAAAUUAAUUUAUUAUUAUGGCAUUGUCUACACCUAGUCAAGACUAUAGUUGGCGAGGAAUGAAUCUAGCUUUGUUCGGAAGUGAUGAAGAUAAAAAAGUUAAGAAGGAAUCCGCGUUACGAGAAGAAGCUUGGCUUCCAGUUUUGAAUACACAUUGUCCAAGGUUAUUUGUAUGGAGAGUUGAGAAAUUCAAAAUUAGACCAAUCAAUGAAAGUGACUAUGGUCACUUCUUCAACGGUGAUUCAUAUGUUGUUUUGAAUAUAUAUUCAAAAGGUGGAGGGCUUGGUUAUGAUGUACACUUUUGGGUUGGAUCAAAAAGUACUCAAGAUGAAUAUGCUACAGCUGCCUAUAAAACAGUGGAACUCGAUGCAGUACUAGACGAUCGAGCUGUUCAGCAUCGAGAAGUUGAACAAUAUGAAACGAAAUUAUUUAAAUCCUACUUUUCAUCUUUCCGCAUUCUGAAUGGUGGAAUUGAUUCUGGUUUUCGUCGAGUCACUCCAAAUGAAUAUCAGCCAAGAUUGUUACAUUUCCAUCAAGAAGGCAGAGGACAUUGUGAAGUACAGGAGGUUGAACUUUCAAUCAAUUCAUUAGAUUCUACUGAUGUUUUUAUUCUUGAUCUUGGUUCAAAAUUAUAUCAAUGGAAUGGAUCAAAAAGUAAUAAAGAAGAGCGUUACAAUGCUGCUCAAUUUUUACUAAAAAUCAGUAGUGAACGUAAUGGACGAUGUAAAACUGCUGUAUUGGAUGAAUUAUUUACAAAUCCUAAUGAUGAAUUCUUGCAUUAUUUGCCUGACAAACCAGUUUACAAAUCUAAAAAAUACUAUGAAUCAACGAAAUGUAUUUACAAAUUAUCCGAUGAAGAUGGUCAUUUAUCAUUUGAUUUAGUUGUGAAAAAUCAACUACCUAAAAGAUCAAUCAAUGAAGAUGAUGUGUUUUUCAUCGAUACAGGAUAUCAUUUAUUCGUUUAUAUUGGAAGUAAAUGUUCACCAUGUGAAAAACAAAAUGCUCUUUCAUAUGCACAUCAUUACUUGAACAAUACAAGACAUCCACUCAUUCCAGUCACCGUUAUUGGUCCUAAUCAAUGUUCAGAAGAACUUGAUCGAGCAUGGGAUAGAGACAGAACUACAAGUUAUCUACAAUAAACAAUGAUAAUUAGACUUUUCUAUUACUCAAUUUGUAUGAAAUUAUUUCUGUUUAUUUUAUUAUUAUUAUUAUUAUCUAAAAAAACAUCACAUACCAAUCAAAUUUUUAUCAGUGUACUAUUGUUUUUUUCUAUUCUCUAUAAUUAGUUAAAGUUAUAACUAUCUGAUAUAUUGUUAUUAUUAUUGUUAUUAUUAUUAUUAUUAUUAUUAUUAUUAUUAUUAUGAAUUAGCUGAUAUUUUGCUUAACCUGACCUAAUAGCUGAUGGCCAAAUAAAAUAUUAUAAAAUUUCUAUAUGCCAACUAUCAACAACAACAACAACAACAGCAAUAACAACAGAGAAAUGUAGUUUCUAUUCCAAGAUCAACUUUUUCAUUGACAAUUUCUUCUCAAUAACAGUUUAUAUUCUUUGUUUUAUGGUUGAAAAAUGAAUUUGAAAAUUAUUGUAUACUUUUUUCAAAACUACUUAUUAUUCAGAUAGUUUUUUGGCAUGAAUAUAAUAAAAAAAAUUUUUUCUGCUUCAA